AUGUUUGUCCUCACAGCCGAGUGGAAUGCGCUCAUCACGUACGCGUCCGAGAGCGUCCAGGAGAUCCUCGGCUACGAGACGUACGAGCUGCGCGGCAAGACGAGCUACCUCAUCUUCCACCCGGACGAGAUCAUGGCGCUCAAGGAGGCUCAUUACUCGACGGUGUACAACCUUAUUGUCGGGACCCUCACGCGCGCAGUCAAUGGCCCCAACCACUCUCGCCUCGCGGCGACGGCGCGUGAAGUCGUAGAACUCCGAGGCGGCCGCCGGCUGUCUAAUCUAGAUCCCUGGUCGAGCCCGCGUCUGCAAUACCCUGGCGAGGUACCGCCGUGGAUGCUCGACCCCGAGAGCGAGUGGCCACGGCCCGAACCGAUCCACCGCACAUUGUUCCUGCUGGACAGGUUUACGGAUGCCGUGCGAAUAAUGUUUGCGUCAAACGAGCUGAUCGUUGGCGAAUCCGAUGCUGCCAUCGCUCUCGUCCAGUCUGUGCGGCUGCUUGUCGAGCCGUACCGUACGCUCAAGGACCAGUCGUUCUACUGCAUCGUCCUCCCGAGCGAGCGUGCCAAGGUCCGCCAGUGGGUCGAGUCAUCCAAGACGUGGACGCCGAUCGUGUACGACAAUGAGCGGACAGGCGGGUACGGUUGA